AUGGCUGCACCGAAACGACUCUCACUUUUCAGUGAGACCGAGUUCGAAUCAAAGGCUUCAGCCGGUUUUCCGUCAGGCUGUCCCACGCUCGACCUAUCAACCACAUGGGACGCCGCCGGCAGAAACCUACUCAUCUACAGACCUCCCUCACAGCCCGUCUCCAAAAUCCACCAAGUUGGUCCGCCAGGGACGAAAGCCCCAGAGGCUGUCACAGUCACAUGGAAACCAAACGGUCAAUUUCUCGCUGUAGGAUGGAGUGAUGGAGUAGUCCGGCUUAUGGGACUGGAAACCAACAAAGCUGCUCAUCAUAUUCCUGUGUGUGAGGGAACUAAUGCCAACAUCUCCCGCAUUGGCUGGGCAAGUUGCAAUGUCACAGGCAAACCCCAAGGAGAAUUAUCAACGCAUUCAACGGGCUUUGAGUCGACAGAGUCGACGGCACCCGAGGAUAAACUACCUCCAAAUCUACCUCAGGAGCUCACUUUCCUUGAAGUCGACACUGCUUUGCCUAAAAUAAGCCCCUUGCCUACCGGUAGUGCCGGUCCGGAUGAUGAUGCCACUGUCUUCACACUGCGCACUGGAAUCGAGUUCUUGUUCCAGCCGCCGAAGCGGGAGGAAUACGACCGGGUAAACGUCAUGGUAGUCGGAACCAAGGAUGGCAAACUGCAGCUAAACAUCUUUGAUUCAUUCCUGAUUGGCACGUUUCUCAAUCCUGUGGCAGAACCGGCAACCACCUCGUACAUGAUUUCACACGCCGCUCAUCCUCAGUUAUCAACACAUGCUCUAGUCUUCGCAGAGAAGGAGACAGAGGCGAACCACCUGACCCUCGUUCCGAUGGAUUUACCAUUCAUUUCUUCGUCGCCCAUCAACUUGCCUCUGCUAGCGUCCAAAUUAACUACCCUUCAGAAGCUAUUGCGAUACAUUAAACAGUCCCAACUCCACAUGCAAGUGGAAUGGAAGAACACAAGGGAAUUACCAAACCGAUUUCUACGGAGCGUGCAAGGGGACCUCGAGGAACUCGCAAGCGGCCCUCGGAGCAUCGUUCCAGCACUAUACCACACUGUUGUUACUGGUCAUGCGUACGAGCCAGUUCGAGAGUGGUUGGUAGACAGUGUGGCCGAAAGGGGCCACAAACGAUGGGACAAGGCCGUGAUCUCUGGUCUCGAAAACCUCCGCAGUCUGGUCCACGAAAAUUUCCUCCCAGCGUUAGACCGUUGCGCCAUCAUCCUCAGUCGUCUCCGGGGCUUGGCCCAAUUCUACGAUGACAGAGAUGAUAUCGGCUACUCGGUAACCCAAACGAGCAGACUGCUCGACAUCGUCGGCUGCCUAACCCUAGUUGGCCACAAGAUCUUGUCUAACGUUAUGGAUGAGCUGGAGCAUUUCAAUGCCUUUUCAACAUGGUUACGCUUCCAGAUCGAUCGACUAGCCUCCUCUUCCAUAGAGCAAAACGAGCUCACUGAGAAGGAGGCCACUAUGGACACAUCCAAGGUCCUCACGUACAUCGAGCGGUAUCUAAUCAGCAGUCCACUGGAUAUAUUUUUCGACCAAGUCUCCAAGGGAGACUGGCAAGCCGACCUGGACCACAUCGAAGACGGAGUCAGCCUAUUACCCAUCCUAGACACGCAGUUAACAAAGCAGGAAUCCGGCCAAGCAUCCCGACGGGCCCUUCAACACGUAGAAUUCCUAGUAUCAUACGUGACGACCUCGUCUAAUCGCAUGUUCAAGGACAUCGCCGAAGCCAAAAAACGCAGUACUGGGGUGAUAUAUUCUGCCUUGGCAUCAAACUCCUCCACCAAUAAGGUGUACAUCUUCCAAUCCGGUGUGGACAUCAAAAACGGCAUUAGUAGCAGCCUACACACUGCAUCGACGUGCAUUCACCUCCCCGACAGGAACGUUAUCGAUCUUAAAUUUUUAAAUGGCGAGACAUUGGUCCUGCUGUGCAAUAAAGCCGAUAACACACCCACCAUCACAUUGGUCCCUAUACAAUCCGACCAGCUCGAAUACAAAGCCUACGGCUCUGCUAUCGACGAGAUCCCUAUGGUUCAAGUAGCAGACUUGGAAGAGUUCAUUAUUUCUCCAGAGUAUGCUAUGCGCCCUGUGCGAAUGGAGGUCCACGACCGGACGGACCUUCGAGGGGAGGUGCCUAUGAGAAUAUGCCUAUUGUCGAAUAACAGGACUACAUGGAGGACUUUUACUAUUGCGGAAUAA